AUGAAUUCAUCAUCAAAUAUUAAUUAUUUGCAUAUAAAAAAUAAUCAUUUUGAGAUUGCUAAGCUUUAUUAUUAUAAAGAAAAUAAUGUUAAUGUUGCAGUUGAUUAUCUAGAAAAAAUUAUUCAAGAUUUACAAAUGAAAAUGAAUGAUUAUCCUUUAUUAAAGCUUGCAAAAAUUUAUCAAAGUAUUGGAAAAUUUUAUUUGAUGUAUUUAAAUAAAUAUGAAAAAGCAUAUGAAUAUUAUGAAAAAAGUUUGGAUAUACGAAGAAAAUUAUUACCAGAUGAUAAUACAUUGGUAACUCAAGUAAAAUGUGAGAUUAUAUCUGUUUAUAAUAUGAUGAAAAAUUUCGAUCAUAUAUUGGCUUUAAAAAAAAAGUGA